GGCACACCCAUGCUCUUAUCGACACGUGACAACGACAUCAUCCAUCUCCAUUGCAGUUGCUGCAGUUUCCUUCUUUCUCUACCUGUUCCUCCUUCCGUGUAUCGCUUUUUGGACACUAUCAACCAUUGGAUACUCCCAGGUCACAUCUACGAAUGGAAUCAGAUGCUCUCCGUGCUCAUCAUGCCCGGCGUUGACGCGGAUUUCUCUCGAUUAUCACCAGGGGAUCUAAGGCACCCGACACUGCUCAAAUGUAGUUGAGCCCGUCAUGCCUUCAACAGAUCGUAUCAAGCCACUUCCGCCAGAAGUAGUGGCAAAGAUCAAGUCCUCUACAUCGGUCACCAACUUAAGCGACGUGAUCGUGGAACUGGUCAAGAAUGCCCUGGAUGCAAAUUCCCGUACGGUUUUCGUCACGGUCGAUUUCCAGCGCGGAGGCUGCGUGGUAGAUGACGAUGGAGACGGCAUUCUACCCGCCGAGUUUGAAGCGCAUGGCGGAUUAAUGAAGGCGCACCAUACCUCGAGAUUCGAUGCGUCCAAAAUGAUUUACGGCCAUCGGGGCUUAUUUCUCGCUUCGUUAUCCUCAUUGUCGUUGUUGACAGUAACGUCACGGCAUGUUCGUCAUUCAACCACAAAUACAGUUGUCUUUCACCAUGCGACUCCGGUGGCGCGGUUGUGCCCGGCUCCCGCUCAACGCGAGCCUAGGUUUGGUGCGCAUGGAACCAGUGUCACUGUCAACGAUCUUUUUGGGAACAUGCCCGUGCGUGUUAAGAAUAGGGCAUUGACCCUCCAAAAGCCGGACGAACUCGAGCGGCAGUGGGAUGAGUUGAAGCAAUCUCUGGUGUCGUUAAUGGUUGCCAAUGACCGCCUUAACAGACUAGUAGUAUCUGAUGCUGGUAAAGAACGAAAGCUUACCAUACGGCCGCGCGCCACCAACGAACAGGCUGAUGGUAGCUUGGACCGCCUCCGAGUUAGUUCUAUCCUUGCGCAGGCUGGAUUGGUUGAUUCCCCAGAUGCUAGUCAUUGGGACACUGUCUCCGCCUGCGUUCCUGAUCUUGCUAUCUAUGCUGCCAUCUCUCUCGUUCCCAGCCCAUCGAAAAGAGUGCAAUUCAUUUCCAUAGGGAUUGAUCCGCUCCAGCAACGGAACAAUGCAAAUCUCCUGUACGGCGAAGUCAAUCGCCUCUUUUCUUUAUCCGAUUUCGGUACGGGCUCGAGUGUGAGUUCUACCUCGAGGGAGUUUUCAAGUCGCGUUGGUCCAAAUGCAAAAUCCGCGGCCAAGUCAGUCAGUAAGUGGCCAGUGUUCUGCAUUCGAAUAUACACGACCGAUCCACAGAGAAUCAACGGCGACGGUCAGGAAGGCCCUGAAUCAGAAAAGUCCAUCCAGCGUAUCAUAGAUAUCCUCGGUGCGCUGGUCAAUGAAUUUUUAAAACAGCAUGACCUACGGCCGCGUGCUACGAAAGGAUUUGGGAACAGAACACAGCUUCAGAUGGGAGUCGAGAAUGGAGACAAACCAAGCGCUCAUUCUCGUGGCAAAUAUGGCACGACCUCCAGUACUGAAGAAGCUCUGGGUGGGCAGGUGAAACUCCCACCCUUCAAGAGGCGCGCACCCAUAAUUAGUCAGCACUUCGGAGACUGGUCGAGAAUCAAAAGUGCAAGAGAUAUUUCCGAAAUGUGCUCCCCAAGAUUAAAGCACUACACCCCAUCUCCGACGGACCCGGUCAUUCACCAGCGUUCAAAGCGCAGGUCUCCAGAAAGGGCGAGUUACUUCCCACAGACACCGCAAACCGUGGGUGAAUCAGACCCAGGGGUUGAUGAUAAGGGGACAGACACGGAUACAGCUGUCACUUGGACUGAUCCCUUGACUGGAAGAAGUCAUCUACUAAAUCCCCGGACCGGCCAGUCGAUCGCUCCCCAGUCGACGAACUCGUUUCGAUCCGUGCGAACGUCGGACAGCAUAACCAGACCAAGAUCCGCCAUUCUGAAUGAGACGAAAAACAAGUGGGUCGAAAAUCUUCUGGAGAACUGGGAUAACCCAACUUUUGGUCGUGCCGAACGCCCAAUCAGCGCGAUUGAUAUAGGUCCCGGUCAUGAAGACGUUUCGGGCUUGGAAGCCAAAUGUCGUGAUCUCAGCGGUGAAAUGUGUGAGCUACAAAAGUUCGGGUUGUCGAAGUUCCGCGGCAAGCUAAGCAGACAAAAUCUGGAAAGGGCCGAGACAGUUGCCCAGGUAGAUCGAAAGUUUAUCUUGGCCAAAUUGGGGACUACACCAGGCGGUCAUGGCCUCGAUGUCGCAGGGUCAGUGCUGGUCCUUAUUGACCAGCAUGCGGCUGAUGAGAGAUGCCGCGUGGAAGCUCUCUUCGAACGGUUUUUGGAGGGGGAUUCCCGACGGAUAGACACUGUCACAUUGGAUCCCAUUGUUUUUGAGACCCCGUCCACCGAAUUGGCUCUUUUGAAGCGGUAUGCCGGAUUUUUCAGUUCUUGGGGUGUAGGGUACACCGUGGAGCAGGGGCCUGAAGACAAACGAGCGUUUGUCUCCGUGAAUACUCUCCCGAGGCUCAUCGCAGAACGAUGUCGAGUGGAACCAAGUUUGGUAACAGACCUCAUCCGCGGCGAGAUCUGGCGCCGCGAAGAAACAGGUGGAAGACCGACAACCGUCACAGCGACCGUCAGACCUCCGGACGCUGGCGAAGUGAACAUAUGGGUGAGACGACUGGACGGAUGUCCACAGGGAAUCAUCGAGCUGGUGAACUCGCGCGCCUGCCGCACGGCGAUCAUGUUCAACGACAUUUUGAACACGUCAGAAUGCCAGAGUCUGGUCCGCCGGCUGGCGCGGUGCGUAUUUCCGUUCCAGUGUGCGCAUGGUCGGCCGUCGAUGAUUCCUGUCGUUAUGACUGGGAUAAAUGAUGCAGAAGAAGACUACUGGGAAGAUACACCUGGGGAAGGGGUAGGGGUAGAUUUUGUGGAUGCGUUUCGGCGGUGGCGGAAUCACAUAGAUUCUGGUGACUGACUACGGAGUAGGUCCUCUUUAUCUAUUUGCUUGGGUACAUUAUCUACUGGAUACAUUUCUCGAAGGAGAUAGACAGGAACAGCGGAAUUUUCAGGUACCGGUCUACUACAGAGCAGUAGUACACAUAGCCAUAUAUACAGAGGACAAUAAAUACAUCCAUCCAUCCAUUGAAUCCAUCCAUGUAAUCAAUCCAAUCCAUUCCAUUCCAAUCCAGCUCAAACCAACCGAACCAAAAGCCAGAAAAAAGAACCAACAAGAAAGAAGAAUAAACAAUGAAACCAAUGAUACAAAAUAAUAUAAAUCCCACAAAAACAAUCCCAAGACAGAUGCAGAUGCAUCGGUCUUCGUAUAACCAAUCAAUCAAACAGGGGAGGAAAAAAAGCCAGCAAUACAGAUAAAGUAGGUAAGUAGGUAAGUAUGUAGGAAGGA